AUGGCAUAUUUUCCAUUCGACUCACCGGUAGUUACAGAAUUGGGAGACCCGAAGACUCGACACCCGCCAGCAGCGAACAGCCAAUCAGGGCAAAAGUUACCGUUCCGGAAUUACGAGAGUUUCAGGGGCAAAACGCGGUCGCCGGCCAUUCAGCAGCCUUUGUUGACGGCGCGAACUGUCACGGUAACUUUCCCAACUGCCUUGACCAAACACGUUCGUCCACACACCGAUGAUACGGCUUUUGCAACACAGCGCUUAAUUCGGCUGACGUCGGCUGACCUUGUCCUCUUUUCAACACCAGCGCCAUGCGACACGGAGGAACCCACUAAACAUGACAUCGCUAGCUGCAGCCCUCCGAUGAAGACGCGCAUGUAUAUUACCCCAGAAGGAGGACUCCAUGCCCGUAUCGAUUCGCUAUUCUGUUUUAUCAUCGGUACCGUAGGACAAUACUCCUCAGUAAUGCUCAUACCUGGCAAAGACAAAAGCCCGAUCCGAACCUCGGAGAAGUAG